GUAACCCGGAAGCCUCCAUUUCUAAGAUUCCUUCCUGUUUUGUACAUUUUAAGGAGGCAGUGUCAGUGGAUGCUGGAUGAUUGUUAUUUGGACAUUCGCUUGUUAUGUGUUGAAUGACCUGCAGUGAUCCACAAGAACAGAACAUCCAUGCUUACUCGACCCUGCACUUUUAUACUGUUCAUUUUGUGGAUAACCAUGGCCCAGAUUCCUGGCCAGGAGGAUAAAGAGAAAACAACUGCACUGAAAGACUUGUUGUCCAGAAUAGACUUAGACGAACUAAUGAAGAAGGACGAACCUCCACUCACUUUCCCCAAGACGCUUGAAGAGUUUGAGUACACUUUCAACGAGCAGGGCCAGUUAAGGCACACCACGACAGGGGAGGCGUUUGUGUUCAACGCCCGAGAGGAUCUCCACAGGUGGAAUCAGAAACGUUACGAGGCGUUGGGAGAGAUCGUUACACAGUAUGUUUAUGAACUGUUGGAGAAGAAGUGCAAUAUGACAAAAGUAAUCUUGCCAGUGGAUGUGACAGAGGAGGAGCCCAGGAGUUUCAUCUACCUGAGUGCUGAUGCCAUGUCCAACCCUGCCAAGCUGCUGGUGCUCAUCCAGGGGGGCGGGGUGGUCCGGGCCGGCCAGUGGGCACGACGCCUCAUCAUCAACCAAGACCUGGACUCAGGGACACAGAUCCCCUUCAUCACCCGCGCCAAGGAGGAGGGUUAUGGUGUGAUGGUGCUCAACCCCAAUGAGAACCACCUGGAGGUGGAGAGGCCGGCCAAGCCCACCCCCCUGCCCUCCUCCGAGGCCUCGGACGAACCCGCCGAGAAGAGAGAGUGCAAGCAUGACCGGGAGAGCAAGAAGAAGAGGGACUUCUACGAGAAGUACCGCAACCCGCAGAAGGAGAGCGAGACAGAGCAGAUCCCCAUACGGGAAAAUGGCUCCCCCGAGGAACACUUGCUGUACGUGUGGGACCACUUUGUGUCCAACGCUGCCGCCAGGAAUGUCUUUAUCGUGGCGCACAGCUAUGGAGGCUUGUCAUUGGUGGAGCUGAUGUGUCAGAGAGAAGCUCAGGUAAAGGACAGGGUGUGUGCCGUGGCCAUGACCGACUCCGUCCACAACAUCUGGCACCAGGAUGCCAGCAAGAGCAUCCAGGAGUGGCUGCAGCAGCACUGCCGGAACUGGGUGUCAAGCCCCGAGCCCCUGGACACACCGGUGGAGCCCAUGCUACCAGACUGCCCUCGCCUCUCUGCAGGUACAGAGCGACACGAGCUGACAUCAUGGAGGAGUUUCAACUCCAUCUUCCAGUUCUUCAGCAAGGCUCUACAGACUGGGGAUGAGUACGAGGAGUCCUCCAACACGGUCACCACACGCAGCUCCCACAGGACCAAACAUGAACACAACCACGACGACUAGAACUACACCAACAGGAGGGAAGUACGGGGGGAGGGUCAAAUCCUCUCUAUUUACCCUCCUUCCUUCCUUCCUCCCUCAUCUUUGUGUGAUCUCUCCCUUCCAGCUGAGCCCAUCUCCCGGCUCGCAGAUGCAUUGUUUUACUGGCAGAGUGCGGGUUGGCGGUGGUGGUGUAUACAUCGCAAUAGUGCUUUGCAUUAUUUCUAGAUGAGUGCAACUGUCAAAGCAAUAUGGGCUGAGUGUUUGCGCUUACCAUGGGCUGUGGCGCUUGGCUGUGGUCUGGGCCACGGAGCAGCGGCAGCGACUCAGAUUAAGGCUGACAGGCGCUGUGCACAGUGCGCCGUGGUGCACCUCCAACUGUCCUGACAUCACCCUGAAUGAGCUAAUGCCCCAGCAGCCCUGUCCACCACUCCCCGAGGUCCUAAAACCUGCCUGACCCACGGGUCUCACAGUCCUCCUCAACAAACACCACUCAUACACUUAACCCAUCCCUCAACCCAACCGCCCUCCCUCCCUCUCUCACUUCAACCCAACCCCCCACCCUCAACCCAACACAAACCCUCAACCCAACCCCCCUCCUUCACCUCAACCCAACCCACCCACCCUCAACCCAAACCCCCUCCCUCACCUCAACCCAACCCUCAACACAACCCCUCCUUCACCUCACCUCAACCCAACCCCCCACCCUCAACCCACCCCCCUCCUUCACCUCAACCCAACCCCCCCACCCUCAACCCAACCCCCCUCCUUCACCUCAACCCAACCCCAACCCCCACCCUCAACCCAACACACACCCUCAACCCAACCCCCCUCCUUCACCUCAACCAAACACACACCCUCACCACAAACAAUGGUUUUAACUGUUGUAAACAUGCUCCAUUAACAUUAUAAUUUUAAUGUAAAGCAAAUGUGUUGUUUUUAUGUCUCCUUCCUUUACCCUUACCUUCCCCAAACACACACACUUUUUAUAAAGACACAUUUUCUGUCAAGUGUGGUCCUGUACCUUACUUUGGAAGGUUGCACUGCACUGUUUAUGACAGCUGGGGUUCGGUUUUCUUUUACUUGGUUUUUUAUCUUACUUUCUCUCAGUGUUUAGCUGGAUUUUAAUGGCCCUAAUAACUUUUUGUAUCAGACCAAAUAAGGUGAUUGGUGAAAGGUGAAAGAGUGAUUGUCUAUGAUUUUUAAUUUGUAAAAAUGACAUGUUUUACUGUACCUUUUUCCCCUGUUUGAGAUCCAUGAAAUUGAUGUCCCUGGAUGAUUGCAUCUGAUUAAACAAAUAAAACAACCAUAACCUGUGCUAGAAAUGAAGAAUUCAAGACACUGAGCACAUUUAAAAUAAUUUAAAGCCCAGCAUCAAAAUGAGUUUUAGGUAUAUCUCAUUUUAAUAGAAACAAGAAGUCAACUUCAAUAUAUCCCCUUGCACGUGUCGGGAAAGCCAAGAUUUCAAUAUUCUCCUACACCUAGAUGAUAUAUGUGUUUAUAUAUGUUGGAAGAAAUGUAACACAUUUAUUUUCCAAAACACUUUCCUCACGUGCAAAACGGAAAAGUGACAAAGAAAUCAGCACUGGCUCAGCCUUGCGUAAUCUCAGUCUGCUGGGACAUAAACAAGAUCAAAAAUACAGUAUAUUUCCACGACGUUUUGGUGAGUUAUAAAUCACUCAAAGUUUAAUAGAAUAGCCUUCUAAUAUGCCCAGAUAUUAGCCUAAACGAGACAAAAAUUCUGUGAUACACCUCCCGACACACCUACGGUCUACCCAGACAUGCGUUACCUUUCCCCGGCUUCAUGUGUUGAGGUAUUUAUGAGGGGAGAUAAGACAUGUUUUGGUAUACAUUUGACCUUUUUAUUUCGGUGUGAAUAACAGCCACUGGUGAUAUGUUGAGGCUUUUGUGGCUUAUUAAACACUUAAUUGCUUUUGUUAGUAAUGAGAGCGCAGUCUGGACAGUUGUCAUUUUUAUAUCAUUUUUAUUAAUGACUCUUUGGAUGUCACUCGAGAAGUUAACUUGUUUGAUUUGGGGAAUAUGCAUAUUAACGGAGGAGUUUAAUUUCAGGAUACUGUUGACAUGUGUGUUCCCUUCACACGAAGGAAAAAACUGUUGCUAUUUUACUUCAUUAUGCAUAUUGUUGCCUUAGGAAUAAAGAAGACACUAUGUUGACUGGUAUUUUUAAUAAAAAACAACAAGCCAUAUGUGAAUGGAUCAAAAGUAAUGGGAGCAGCCUUAAACCAAAUCUAAAGCACAGUGGAUAUGUACAUUGUGACUAAUUCUAACAAUUGCUCUUGAAUAUGUUAUUGUUUCAGAUUGUAUCCGUUUUAUUGAUCCAAAAAGUCAUGCUCACUAUUAAGACAUCCAUGCUUUGUGAAUAAAUAUAGCGUUUGAAAAACAUUUUGUACCUUUUGUUUUUCCAAUUUUUACAUUGACUUAGUUUCAACUAUUGCCUAUUAAAAUGUAAUUAUUUGUAUGUCAAGUUAACUUUAAUCAUCCACCAAUCGGCAUGUG